CAACUUCAGGCUUAUGUCAUCUUGUUAUGGAACGAAACUACUCGGCCUACGAAGAGACUGAUUGUUUUUCUGAAACCGCGGACGAUAUUGCUACAAAUCAUACAAAGCCAAGUUUAAAUAGUGAGGAGACAAUCUUUUUUCGGAUGAACUUUCGUUUACAGAAGACCGGUCAAGCAAAACGAUCGUGAUACACGCAUACCGUGACUGACUCAAUCGAGAUGGCGCACUUUAAUCAUUGUUUCCGGGUAGCUUUUCUCGCUGUACUUUUUCCACUGACUUCAGGAGCCUGUGUUGAUUUAGAUCUUGGAAUGGGAAGUAGAACUAUUCCAGAUGGUAAAAUAACUGCUUCUUCAGUACAAAGUGUCAGCACACCAGCCAAGAAUGGUAGACUGAACUUCACAUCAGGUUCAUCAUGGUGUGCAGGAACAAGUGACACUAACCCAUAUCUACAGAUUGAUCUACAGACACUUCAUAUCAUCUGUGCUGUGUCUACUCAAGGGAAUUCUCAAGCAGAUCAGUGGGUGAAGAACUACACGCUACAAUUAUCUACAAAUGGGAUAACUUGGACAGACUAUAUGGAAUUCAGUGGGCAGGUUAAGGUUUUAGAGGGAAAUAAGGAUAGAAACUCAAAUGUCAAACAUGUUCUAUAUGGAGUGUUGACAAGAUAUUUGCGAUUCCUGCCACAAAAACACCAGGGUGAUGUGUGUAUGAGAACAGAGGUGUUUGGAGUGAAACAGAAGCCAACAUGUGAUUCACAGGCAAUUGGUUUGGCCAGUGGUGGUAGAAUUCCAGAUAACAGCUUCUCAGCCAGUUCAAUAUUUAAAGCCAUAUAUGCAGCUAAAUAUGGUCGUCUUAAUGGAAGAGGGGCAUGGGAACCUAAGACUACUACUGAUCCUGAUGACUACCUACAAAUUGACCUUCUCUAUGAGUAUGUUAUCUGUGCUGUAGCUACUCAAGGAAAUCCACCAACCCAAUCACCAACUGCUCAAGAAUGGACCACAGAGUACAAACUGAGAUUUUCUUUCACUGGUAGUGCCUUUCUCCCCUAUGAAGAAAAUAAAAUUGACAAGGCCUUUCCAGGAAAUUCAGGAAAAACUGACACAGUGAAAAACAGUCUAAAGGAAUUUGCAAGUGCAAAGUUUAUACGCUUUUUGCCAACAAAGUAUAAUAAGUUCAAGGUUUUGAGAGUGGAGGCUUAUGGAAUACUUUUCACUAAAGUUCCAUCAAAACCUCCUACUGCCUUCAAGUUGACUGCAAGAUCUUCUACCAGCAUUACAGCUUCCUGGCAAUCACCACCAGUCUUUGCCAGACAUGGAAGAAAAAUAACAGGUUUUAAACUGUUCUACAAAAAGAAAGGUGGUGGGUCAGCAACAGCAUUGUUAAUUGGCAGCGGAUCAAUAUUAAGUAGAAAUGUCACUGGGCUUGAUAAGUUCACGGAAUAUGAAUUUCAGGUGUUGGCACUCACUUCUGAUGGUGAUGGACCAAAGAGCCCUGUUGAGGUGGAGAGAACAAAGGAAGCUGCUCCAUCAAAAGCCCCAAGCAGCUUCAGGGUGACUGCAGUUACUUCUACAAUUAUCACAGCAUCCUGGCAGUUACCACCAGCAGACUCCAGAAAUGGAAUAAUUAUAGGAUUCAAAUUGUUUUACAAAAAGAGAGGGUCUGGUGGACGAGCAACCACCAUGACCAUUAAGAAUGGAACAGCAUUAAGUAAAGAUGUCACUGGGCUUGAUAUUUACACAGAAUAUGAAUUUGAAGUGUUGGCCUUUACUUCAGUUGGUGAUGGACCAAGGAGUUCUCCUUUAGUGGUGGUGAGAACCAUGAAAGAUGGUUGUGUUGAGUUCAGUCUUGGCAUGGAAGAUGGAAGAAUUCUAGACACUGGAAUAAAUGCUUCGUCUUCUAGCACACUAGCCAAGAAUGGUCGACUAAACUACACAUCUGGAUCAUCAUGGUGUGCAGGAACAAGUGACACUCACCCAUAUCUACAGAUUGAUCUACAAACACUUCAUAUCAUCUGCGCUGUGUCUACUCAAGGGAAUUCGAAAGCAGAUCAGUGGGUGAAGAGUUACACACUGCAAUUAUCUACAGAUGGGACAACUUGGACAGACUAUACGGAAUUAGGUGGACAGGUUAAGGUUCUGAUAGGAAAUGAUGACAAAAACUCAGAAGUGAAGCAUGUCGUUUAUGGAAUGUUGACUAGGUAUCUGCGAUUCCGGCCACAAACUCACCAGGGCAGGGUGUGUAUGAGAACAGAGGUGUUUGGAGUGAAACAAAAGCCAACUUGUGAUUCACAGGCAAUUGGUUUGGCCAGUGGUGGUAGAAUUCCAGAUAACAGCUUCUCAGCCAGUUCAAUAUUUGCUCCCACAUAUGCAGCUAAAUAUGGUCGUCUUAAUGGAAGAGGGGCAUGGGAACCUAAGACUACUACUGAUCCUACUGACUACCUACAAAUUGACCUUCUCUAUGAGUAUGUUAUCUGUGCUGUAGCUACUCAAGGAAGUCCACCAACCCAAUCAGUAUGGGCUCAAGAAUGGACCACAGAGUACAAACUGAGACUUUCUUUCAAUGGUACCGCCUUUCUCCCCUAUGAAGAAAAUAAAAUUGACAAGGCCUUUCCAGGAAAUUCAGGAAAAACUGACACAGUGAAAAACAGUCUAAAGGAAUUUGCAAGUGCAAAGUUUAUUCGCUUUCUGCCAACAAAGUAUAAUAACUUUAAGGCUUUGAGAGUGGAGGCUUAUGGAAUACUUUUCACUAAAGUUCCAUCACAGCCUCCUACUGCCUUCAAGCUGACUGCAACAUCUUCCAUCAGCAUUGCAACUUCCUGGCAGUUACCGCCAGUCUAUGCCAGACAUGCAACCAUUAUAGGGUUUAAAGUGUUUUACACAAAGAAGGUUUUGGGUGUGUCAGUAACAAUCUUGACUAUAAGCGGGGAAUCAACAUUGAGUAAAAAUGUCACAGGGCUUGAUAAGUACACAGAAUAUGAAUUUCAAGUCCUGGCUUUUACUUCUGAUGGUGAUGGACCAAAGAGUUCUGUUGAGGUGGAAAGGACAAUGGAAGAUGUUCCUUCACAACCUCCAUCUAACUUCAUGGUCAAUGCAACCUCUUCCACCAGUGUUGGAGCAUCCUGGCAGUUACCAGCAGAAAAUUCUAGAAAUGGAAUAAUCAAAGGAUUUAAAUUGUUCUAUUUAGAGAAAGGCUCAGCAGGACCAGGAUUGAUGCGACAUAUAACAGAUGAGUCAAAGCGUAUUGAAGUAGUCACUGGGCUUUACAAGUACACAGAAUAUGAAUUUGAAAUACUGGCUUUCACUUCUGUUGGUGAUGGACCAAAGAGUUCCAUUUUAACUGAAAGAACAAAAGAAGAUGCUCCUUCACUAGCUCCCACAAAGUUCAGUGUCUCUGCAAGCUCCUCUACCAGUAUCACAGCAUCCUGGCUCUUACCACCAGUAAACUCUAGACAUGGCAUCAUCAAAGGGUUUAAAUUAUUCUACAAAAGGAAUGGCUCCUCCGAUUCGGCAACCUCCUUGAAUAUUCGUGGAGGAGCUACACAAAGUAAAAUUGUGACUGGACUUGAUAAAUACACAGAGUAUGAAUUACAGGUGUUGGCCUUUACCUCUGCUGGAGAUGGACCAAAGAGUCCCUCUCAGGUGGUGAGAACAAGAGAAGAUGCGCCUGAUGCACCCACCUUCUUGUCAUAUACUGAUCUAUCACCAAGCAAAUCACAUGGUCCAAGAAUAACCCUGACCUGGAGUAAGCCCCAAGAACCAAAUGGAGUUAUCAGAAGUUACACUUUAUUUUAUAGUCACGAUGGAGUUGCACCAAGAGAGAUUUCUGGAAUAGGAAAAGAUGCAUUAACUCACACAGUCGAUGUGUUAGGUGGAGUGACUUAUCAAUUUAAUGUUCGAGCUGUUACUAUUAAACCUGGAAAAAAUGCCACGAAAACACUAACUACCAAGGAAUACGCACCAAGUGUUGGUCCAGACUCUGUUUCUACCUCUCAAGUGAACAAGACGACAUUUAACAUUUCAUGGGAACCUCUACAAAGAGAAGAGAGUCAUGGAAAAGUUACUUUGUAUGAAGUCAAGGCCAUCUUCUUGAAGAAAGGAAAUUUGCGCAAAAGAUCCGUAAUUUACAGCCCUGUCAAUACCUCAGUGACAUUUGUUGUCCUGUCUGACUUAGAGCUUUGUUCUAGAUAUAAUGUCUCUGUUCGAGCUUACACCGCAAAAGGGCCUGGACCAUAUGGUGAACCUUUAGAACUGGAAACAUCAAGACCUGAAGCACCAGGGGAAUUUAAAGUAACAGAGUCUGGAGCAACCCAUAUUACCCUGGCGUGGAAACAAUAUGAUGACAAGGAAAAAAUUGCCUAUACUGUGAAGUACGCUGGAACAAAGUCCUACAAUAAAACAUUCAGAGAUGAGAAGACUAUGAAAGCAAUAAAGGCAACAACACAGAAGGUAGAAGGGUUGAUUCCAGGCACCACAUAUGAAUUUAGAGUUCAUGGCACCUCUGUUUGUGGCGAUAGUGCUUCUAAAGUCGUCUCAAAGAUAACAGAUAUGAUAGCUCCUAAAGCCCCAGUUCCACUUAGUAUAACCGAUGUUGAGGUUUCUCAGACAGCUGUGGAUAUUUAUCUGUGGCCUGUUGAACAAAAAUAUGGUCCAGUAAGUGCUUAUCAGGUUAUUGUUCUGAAAGUCGCUGAUGGCGUUGAAGAGCUUCCAAACAAUUAUGAUUCAAAACUGAAAGCUGCAAGUGAUGCUAAGAAAGAGAACGUGAAUUUUUACAUUGCUGCUGAGAUUGAAAAUUUCAACAAACCUCAGAAAUUUACCGUUGGCGAUGGUAAUAAAACUAAGGAAUUUGUGAAUGAAGAACUUGAUAAAGGAGAAAACUACAUUGUGUAUGAGAGAGCUCUAACUAAAGUCGAGGAGGUGGAAUUAAAAGGAAAUGCAAGCAUAGUUGCCAAAAUUUCCAUCAUCUCUACUACCACGGAAGGUGAGAAAAAGGAAAAGUCCAGCGGUUCUAACGCUGCAGCUGUUGCUGUACCUGUAGUCCUGUUGCUACUCCUUAUACCAGCAGUUGUUGUCGCUGUGUUCUUAUACCGGAGGAGAAGGCAGUCAAGAUCCAAAAGUGCCGGGGAAAGAUCUGUUCAACUAGAUGACAUUAAAGACGAUUCACAAGACCUUACCUCAAGUACAUCAAAUCUGGUCUAUCAAAAUGUAGCAGACAUUCGUCGGACAAUUCAUGAUGCUGGGAAACAGCCUGUUAGUGAAGAAGAAGAAGCUAUUUACAGUGAGGCUGACGAUGGUAAACCCAAGCCAUUACCUGUGGCUGAGUUUCCAAAAUACUUCAAGAAAAAAUCAGAAAAUGGUGCCAUUGUGUUGCGAGAGGAAUUUAAGUAUUUACCAGGUGGGAUGCAAUUUGCUUGGGAGAUUGGCAAGAGUAACAGAGGCAAGAACCGUUAUGGAAACAUUGUUUCAUAUGAUCAUUCUCGCGUUUUGUUGGAGGAAAUAGAGGGUGACAAAAACUCUAGCUACAUCAAUGCAAGCUACAUUCCGACCUACGAUGAGGUCACCAUGACUUAUAUCGCAACACAAGGUCCAACUUCUACAACUAUCGCUGAUUUCUGGCGAAUGGUCUGGCAGGAAAACAGUUUCACUAUUGUGAUGCUUACAAACCUGGUUGAACUGGGAAAGGGCAAAUGCGAUCAGUAUUGGCCAGAUGAUACUUCCAAAUUUGGUGCUAUCACAGUUACCCUACACAAGACUGAAACAUUUGCCGAUUACGUCAUCAGGUCAUUGAUUGUGACAAAGGACUCAGAAAAAAGGACCGUGCAGCAGUUUCAUUACGUCACUUGGCCUGACAAAGGUGUCCCACAACAUUCCACAGCUCUACUUGGAUUUAGACAAAAGAUUCAUGCGAGGCACCAGGCUACUGGUGGACCACUUGUUGUGCACUGCAGUGCUGGUGUUGGUCGAACUGGCACAUACAUUGCUAUCGACGCCAUGGUGGAGAGUGCUGAGAAGAUAAAAACUGUGUUCAUACAGAAUUACGUGCAAGUCAUGCGUAGAUCUCGUCCUCAUAUGAUUCAGAAAGAUGACCAGUAUGUUUUCUUGCACCAAGCAGUGAUGGAAGCCUUGGUAUGUGGAGAUACAGAGAUUAUCCCUCAGGACCUACGAAUUGCGACAAACAAGCUUGCCAAGGUGCAUAAACCAUCCAAAAAGACUGGAUAUGAACGAGAGUUAAAGCGCUUGGAGCUUGUAACAGACGCCCACGCUUCUCAAGAAGUAGCAACGAACGCAUUUAUGCCCGCUAACGUCGUCAAGAACAGAUUCCCCAACAUUGUUCCGCUGGACAAUGCUCGAGUGCAUUUACAAGCGUCUUCACAAGAAAAGAGUUACAUCAAUGCCUCUUAUGUGGAUGACUACACACAACGUAAUGCAUACAUCCUGACACAAGCUCCGUUAGACUGCACCAUUAUAGACUUCUGGCUUAUGAUUUCUCAGUAUGAUAUUGGCACAGUUGUGAUGUUGAAUAACUUGGAAGAAGGAAAGCAGAGUUACCCACAAUACUGGCCAAGCGAGGGAUCUGCCAAGUAUGGUGAAGUCACUGUCCAGCUUUUGUCCCAAGAAACUUCAAACAAUAUCACUACCAGAGGAUUCAGCGUCGAUAAUGCAGCGCCCCCUAAGAAGACAUCAACUUUACAGCAUAUACAAUACAAUGGUUGGGUCAAUGAAAACUCAUGCCCAGAUCCUCAGGAUAUACUUGACCUGAUGACUACUGUACAACAGUCUCAGCAGCAAUCAGGAAAUAGAGUCAUAGUUUUCCAGUGCAGUGAUGGUACGGGUCGUAGUGGCUGCGUAGCCACCAUAAUGUCAGUGAUUGAACAAGUCAAGACUGAACAAACAGUCGAUGUUUUCCAGACUGUGAAACUAGUUCGAGCAAAGAGACCAGGUGCAGUCAACACUCUGGAGCUGUACAUGUUUUGUUACAAAACAGUUCUAGCUUACUUAGACUCUUUCAGCACCUACUCAAACUUUGCAGAAUGCUAGAAAGCAUUGCAAAGGAAAAAACAAAUGUGAUAGAAAGAAGUGAUACACAUCUCGGGUGUUUUUUGUAACAAAUUACAUUUACUUCUAAGCGGAUGGCCUUUCCCCCCUAAUAAUUUUGCUAAAAAAGUUUUUAUUAUAUAUUUUAGUAAAAAAAGGAGUUUUUUGUCAUAGGAAGUAGGCAAAAUACGUCCGUGCAAGUGGAUGUAUUGUCAGCUGGAAGAGGUUCACCGCUUGAUUGUUGAUAAAUUUACAUCAGAUUUUGCUAUGCUAACUUGACAAACAAACAUGUGUCCCUGUAAGGCUUAGGACUAUGGCAAUAUCAGGAAUUCUGUUAUCCUACUUUUCAAAUUAUGCAAUUAAAAGAAAGAGAUACUGGGUGUAUGUACAAAGAAGUUUUACAUUCGUAGAGUUUUGUGUUAUUUUUAAAGUUAAUUGUAAAGGAAAGUUUCUGAUAACCUACAUAUUUCAUGAUGUCUUUUUUCUUAAAAGUCUACAUGAAGUUUCAUAGCUAUCGUUUUCUAUCAACAGUGUUGGAUUAAAAGUGGUUUGUAGUUCUAUAGUUUGUUUUGGAGAGUUAUGGUGCCUUUUUUUUGCCUUUUCUCUCUUCAUCUGAAUUUAAUUCACAUCGUUUUCAAUUAGAACAUCAUAAUUUCUUUAACAGUAUUUUUUUCUCAGAAAUAAGAUAGAAUUGUGUAAAGUUAGAUUUUUGAUAAUUAAAUGAUUAACUGAUUUAUUUUUUGAACGAUUAAUUUGGAAUUCAAACGUGCAAAGCACAUUGAAAUAUAUAUUUACUAAUGUAAAAGAUAGAGUUCACGUAUAUAGUUAGUACGUUAGUUAUAGAUUUAUAUUCAUAUAAUAAUUGUUUGAUUGAUUCAUUGACUGAAAUUGGUAAUUGUUAAAAAACAUGGUUGUAUCUUAAUAUGGUUCCCCAUCUCAUUAUUAACAUUUGCUAUGUAUAUUUUAUAAAUUUCUGAGUGAUCGGCUUGCAGGUUCUUAUUAAAUAUUCUUCUAAAAAGUUUAAGAGUAUCUUUUUCACUUUAACUGCGUCCGACUGUUAGUUCUUGAAAAUUUCGUGAAAGAAAACCUUCAUUACUGAAACUAUCUGACGUUAAAUCAAAAGGAAAUAAUGUGGCAGAGAAGGGGCCCCGAGUCUUAGCUGUCAGUUCCCCCAUAGUUAUUUAUAGAUAGUCUUUCGAACGGAAGUCAGUUUUCCGAUACGUCCGCAUAGGAAAUUCCUGGUAGAUGUGAUAUUCUGAGUAAAUGGAAUGAACAGCUUAGAGAUGAGUUUUUUUU